AUGGUUAGGGACUCGAACUUUACGGCAGAGGAGAUCCAACGUUUGUAUAAGCGCUUUAUGAAACUAGACAAGGAUGGGUCAGGAUCUAUUGAUAAGGAAGAGUUUUUGGCGAUUCCUCAGAUUGCGACCAAUCCUCUUGCCUCACGUUUGAUCGCUAUCAUGGAUGAGGACGGUGGCGGCGAUGUUGAUUUUAAAGAGUUUAUUGCUGGAUUGAGUGCCUUUAGCAGUCGAGGCAACAAGAUCGAGAAAUUGCGGUUUGCAUUCAAGGUUUAUGACAUGGACAGAGAUGGAUUCAUUUCGAACGGUGAGCUCUUUCUAGUCCUCAAGAUGAUGGUCGGAACUAAUCUUCAAGAUAACCAACUACAGCAAAUUGUGGACAAGACCAUCAUGGAGGCGGACAAAGACAUGGAUGGCAAGAUUUCCUUUGAGGAGUUUUGUGGCGCUGUGGAGAACACUGACAUUGCUAAUCAGAUGACUCUAGAGAGUUUCUAA